UAUUUAUAUUUGGCGCGUGAAACUUUGUACAGUAUUUCCUUUUACAUGGGAUAUGUCCUGCGUUUAUAUCAACCAUCGCAAGGACCCAAAUGACUUCAAGUCAAUCACAUCAGAUCAACAAUCAGCUACAUGUCGAAAUACCUGAAAACACAUUAUCGCACCCGCUCUAUUUGAACUGUACCCCGGAAAACCCUAACACCAUAACAAUACCUUGUCCAAAUUCAUUUAAAUCCACAUUGCACUAUAUCCAAUUAGAUAGAUUGCAGUCCGUUUCUCAAGGUAGGAGCUGAAUCUAAUAGUCGCUAUCGAAAAGCCAAAAAGUAAUG